ACGGCGAUGCCAAAUGAUGUUGCUGAUGCUGCGAGCGAUAUUGUUGCACGACAGCAAUAGCAACAGCAACUAUUGUAUUAGCCAGAGCAAUAAGCCGACCAACACUAGCCAAUAUUAGGAACAGAAGCAACGACACAACAGCAACAAGAAGCCACACACAUGUUGCUGCUACAAUUGGAACGACCACAACGAGGAGAGCAACAGCAACUAAGAUGCUCAGCGCUGCCAAUGGAACAGCAGCAACAGCAACACACACUGGAGCAGCAGCAACAGCAGUUGCUGCUGGCGAAACUUAUGUCAUAACAAAUAAACACCUCCAUCAGCAGCAGCAGCAACAUUUUGUUGCUGCCGCCAAUACAAUGGUUAUACCAACAACUGCAGCCGCCGGUAUACCAACAGCAACAACAACAACAGCAACAGCAACAACUACAGCAGCAACAGUUGAUACACAACAGCAGCAUCAGCAGCAGCAUCAGCAGCAGCAGCAACAUGUGUUGUUUCAGCCACAAUUACAGUUACAGCCAGCAACAGCAACACCUCAGCUGCCAACACAGCCGCGCCAACAUCCCAAGAAGCGCAAAUUUGAUCCAGCUGAGCUGGACAAAGCCGAGCAACAACAAUUGCAUCAACAACAGCAUACGCUGUACAAGCAACAGAAACCCGCCGAGACAAAUGGCAACAGCGAUGCGCUAUCCAAUGGCAAUAUUGCUGCCGUGCAGCAAAAUACAUUAGCUUUGCGCCAUAUGAAUUGUGCAGGUGCAGGUGCAGGCGCCGGCAACAGCAACGAAAUCAGGCAGCAGCCGCAGCAGCAGCAGCAACGUAUUAUAAUCGCAUCACCGCUGCAACAUGCGACCAGUACUUACAAGCAACAUGUUGCCAGUGGCAACAACAGCAGCAACAACAGCAGCAGCAACAUCAACAGCCAUGCCACAAUCAACCAUUCGCGCACGCAUACGCCCGUCUACUAUCAGCAGCAGCAGCAGCACCACCAGCAGCAACAACAUCGUUUUAGCUUUAACUCACACAAUCAGCAACAUGUACAGGAACAGCAGCAACAGCAACAGCAGCUGCAGUCGCCGCCGCAACCGCAACAACAUGAGCCUGUUGCUCUACUUGAUCUCAGCGAUUGGACUAAUACGCGUGUCCUGGCCAAAGUUGGCAAGUGUUAUGCACCUGGCAAAAUACUGCAAGUGCAUGAGGCAGCAGCCACGCCCACGACAACGCCACCCUCAAUACUCGUGAAAUUUGAUGCCUCUGAAUUCGGCCAGCAACUGUAUCAGGAUGUGCUGCAGCAGGGACGCUACAAUGUGAUACUGGACGCCAGUCCACCCAUGGCUGAUAUCACGAUAGCUGCCCGGGUCUGUGUGCGCCAGAGUCGCGAGGGUCGCACCGCCGACUUCGUGUAUGUGGAGGGCAUCAUUAUGGACAUCAACCAGGGCACCAAGCAAUACACCGUGCAAUUGGUCAAUGAAGAAUUGCCCAAUACAAAAGUUGUGCGUCGAGCGGACUUGCGCCUGCUGCUGCCGCCCUGGUGGGAUGAGCUGAACGAGCUGGCGCCAGCGGCCACAGCAGCCGUAGGCGGUAAACGCAAAUCGGAGCUGGGCAGCAGCAGCAGUGGCGUUUAUCCGAAGGCCUUUGUGGCUACACGUUACGAUGGCAAGUUGCCCACGAGCACGCCGCUGGCCGGGCAUGCAGGACUGCAGAAACAUGAGUAUUAUCGAGCGGCUGCCACGUCGCCGUUCCAGGGCGGCGCAGUGCCGCCGCCGCCGCCAUUGACCCAUGUGGAGCACCAGCAGACCAAUGGGCUGCCGGACAUCGUGAUCUCGCCGGGCAGCAAUGGCCAGCAGCAGCAGCACCACCACCAGCAACUAAAAAUGCACGUGCCAUCGCCAGCGCAACAACAGCAGCAGCAACAGCAUCGCGGCUACGACGACUACGACUCCGAUGAUGAGCUGAAGCGCGUCGGCAUCGACUACUCCCCGGCUGCUGGGGACGUGGAUGCCGAGAAGAUGAGCGCCUGCAGCAAGCGCAGCAGCAUGCAAAGUCGAGGCAGCACAUCCAGCCUAAUCGAUCAGAGGCUGACACCACGAUCUCAUCCAGCAACACCAAGAUCUCAGGCAACGACGCCGCAUCGCUUCAAGAAGGGCGACAUUGUGGAAUCGGAAUCCGGAGUGCGCAAGAAGUACAAUGGCAAGCAAUGGCGACGUCUCUGCAUGAUGUGCAUGAAAGAAUCUCAGCGGCGUGGCUAUUGUUCCAGACAUUUGAAUCAGAAGGGCAACAAUGCGCUGCCCUCAUCAACGGGGCCGGGUCGUUUUCUCAGUGAUAGCCGUUCGAGCAGCAAAACACAAAACGAUGAGGACAACUCUCGCGAUUCGGAAACAUCGCCCAACUAUCGGGUCACGGGUCGCUAUGAUCAGGAAGAGACCGAUGUGGCCGCCAUGUUAGUGUCACUGAGCAGCUCGCGCUCUGCUACGCCAUCGUAUACAUCACCCGUGAAUCAUGCCGGCGCCUCGCCGCUGAACGCCAUCGCCCACUCCCCGGUCAAUGUGUCCAAUCAUAGGCAAAAUUUCUUUACGCCCAUUGCUAACCAGUCGCAGCAGCAGCAGCAACAGCAGCAUGUGACAACAGUUGCUGCUGUGCCGCUGGAUAGCAAAUGGAAGACAACACCCAGUCCGGUAUUGUACAACACCAACAACAAUGGCAACAACAGCAACAACAACAACAAUGGCUGGGAGAGCAGUCAAAAUAUGCAGCAACAGCCGCCGCCGCCACCGCCACAAACGGCGGCCGUUUCGCUGGUGAUGCAUGCACCGCCGCCACAGCAACAACAACCACCUGCCGCUCAUCUCAAUGCGCUGCCAGCGCCCCCCGUGCCGCCCAGCAGCAGUCUCGGCCAUGCGACUAGUGUUAUACGCAUCUCCAGCAGCCAGCAACAACACCAGCAACAGCAGCAGCAGCAGCAGCAACAACAACAUGUUGUAGUGUCCACAGCCAGCCAUCAAACAUUUCAUCCUGUCAUUGUGAAUGCUGGCCAACAGUCGCACAUUCAUUCGCAGAAUUCAUUGGCUGUUUCCGUUGGCCAACAGCACCAACAGCAGCAGCAGCAACAGCAACAGCAGCACCAACAGCAGCAACAGCAACCGCAGCCACCGCCGCCUACGUCGGUCGCAUUUCACCCACAUCCGCCAACCACGCCCACAUCCGUAGCAGUGGCCGGGACGACAGCACAGGACAAGUCAUUGCCAAAAAACGGCUACAAUGCGGCUAGCUAUCCAUGGCAAAAGCUACUGCCGCAAAUGCCAGCCGUGACCAAAGCACCGCCAGCGACGGCGGUGACAACGACAACCACAAACAGCAACUACAGCGUGGCCAUGUUGCACCAUCAGCAGCAGCAGCAGCAGCAGCAGGCGUUGUCGACAACGUCUGCAGCGCAGCAGCAGCAUUCGCCGCUGAAUCACAACAACAAUCAUUUGAUUGUGCCCGCACCACUGUCUUCGCCUGGCAAGCCACUGAACUGUUCCAUCAACGACGCCAAGGUGGCAGCGGCAGCGGCAGCCGCAGCAGCUGCUGGGACCAGUGCGACGGACGAGGCUGAGGAGCACGAAGACCAACUGGAUGACGAUGUCUUCGAGACGACGCCCAGUGCGCCAGGCAUUUCGAAUGGCAAGAAGGCAGCGACGGCAGCCAUGCGACUGCCCACAUACAACAGCAACAUACGCAAAUUGGAUGAGUGCCACGAUGCCAGCGAUGGUGCGACGACGUCUGCGGCUAAGCGACGCAGUCAGUCGCUCAGUGCGCUGCAGCAGCAGCAGCAGCAACAGCAACAGCAGCAACAACAACAGCAGCAGCAGCAGCCGCAGCAGCCAGCAGCCGCAGCUGGCAAGAAGAUACGAAGACCGAUGAACGCUUUUAUGAUAUUCUCCAAGAAGCAUCGCAAAGUGGUGCACAAGAAGCAUCCCAACCAGGACAAUCGAACGGUUAGCAAAAUACUGGGCGAAUGGUGGUAUGCGCUGAAGCAGGACGAGAAGGCCCAGUAUCAUGAGCUGGCCAAAGCGAUGAAGGAUGAGCACUUCCAGCAGCAUCCCGAUUGGAAAUGGUGCUCCAAGGACCGACGCAAGUCCUCAACAUCUGGCGGCAAGGGCAACGCAGCUGCUGCGGGCAAUGCCAGCACAGCCGAUGCCAAGCAGCGACUUGUCUCCGUGGAUGGCUCCGAUUCGCUGGAUGACAUGUGCCCCUCCACACCCGGUGGCAGCGGCAGCGGCGGCGCCCAAGCCGUCGAGCUGCAGGGCGACAUCAUCCCACUGACCAUUGACACCUACAACAUUGCGUGCGACGAGACGCCCACAACCAUUGCUGGCCAGUCUCAGGGCAACUGCAAGGCUAAGCAGCUCAAGAACGAGCUGCACUCCGAUGAGGACGAGCACAUGGUCGUCGUCGAGGAUGAGCAGCCGGCCAAGAAAUUGGAUCUGCAGUGCCUCGAGCGUGUCAACGACUUGGACAUGGAUGAAGCGCCCUACGACUACCGCAAGCAACCGCAGCAACAGCUCCAGACGGACGCGGAACAGCGCACUCAGGAAGACCAUGCGAGCCUCUGCAAUGGCCAGGCAAUGGCCGCUCCGACGUCUAGCGCUGAGCGCGAGAUCACAUUGAAGCCGAAGGCCAUCAAGGCGCACCCGGGACUGGAGAGCACCAUGCUGCCGUACCCACAGAUGCCCAUGUACACGCACUACACGAGUCCCAAGAAUCCAAUCGGUGUAACACCAUUCCAACCCACAGCAGGCGGCGCCUUCAAAUCGAUGCCCAUCAGUCCCAAGGGCAGCAGCUCUACCGGUUGCAAGUCGGACGAGCAGCAGCUGCAGGCGCACAUUAAGCAGGAGGACAUCAAGCAGGAGCCGCCAUCGCCAUACAAGCUAAAUGGCGCCGGCGUCGGAGUGCCCACCGGCGGCGUGAUUAGCGCACCGCCGCCCAGCAGCGCCAUCUUCAACUUCAAUGUGCCAAUAGCGACGGCCCUCAGCCAGAAGCAAUACCAUUAUCCCGUGCCGCAUACGCUGUGCAGUCCGACCGAUGUGAGAGCCCAUCAGGCCUGUGUGCCCAACUCCCCGGCAGCCGUCAGCUUGGGGCAUGCAGCUAGCAUUGCCACGCCGCCCGCCUCGGCGCCAGCGCAAAUUCUGGGCUCAGGUGGUCCGGCGCCAACUCAGAAAAUGUUCUUUGCCAUGGGUCAUCCGUACCCACUGCUGCCACCGCCCCAUCAGCAGAGCUCGACAGGUCUGGAGCAUCCGCAGUUGGAUGUAUUCGCGCCCGGUUAUAUCUUCAAGAAGCACAACAGCGGCCUUGGGGUGCAGGGUGCGCCGCCGCCGCCACUGCCUCCGGUUGUCACGCAGACGACUCUACGCCUGCAUGGCUAUGCGCCAAGCGGCCAUGGCCAGGAGCAGCAACCGGCCAGCUCACCCUCAUUCAAAUCGAUGCCUUCGACGCCCAAGUCGGCGACAUACCACAUUAGUGCGCCGCCGGACUCGUCGGGCAAACACAGCACUGAGGCUGCCGAAGAGGCCGACGUGGAUGUCGAGGUGGACACUGAUGGUCAGCAAUUUGUGCUGGCGCCGACGCCAGCGCAACUGGGACGUGCUCCGCUGCAGCGGCGCAAGAAUUUAUCUCAAAGCAAGUCGGAUAACGUGGUUAGCAGCACGGGCGGCUACGGUGGAGUCAGCAAUGGCCAGCACCUUGGACGCAAGCUGCACUCGCCCACGAUGAUGGAGGUGGCCACCUCGUCGCCCAUCAUUGGCCACGUAAACAGCAGCAGCCUUACCUCCGCCCUGCCCACGCCCACCUCGUCAACGACAACGCCCAACAGCGAUGAGCAGCAGCCGCUAUCGCCCACGGCCAUUGGCAACACGUUGAGCAGUCAGGCCUCCAAGUCGCCGAUAAGGUGCGUGCCGGCCUCUGCCCCGGCUGUGGUGUCGCGCAAGAAGAAGAACGAGGAAAUUAACAAUGUGCUGCGGCAAGUGGACUUUGAGAAGAAGUACAAGGCGCUGCCACAGUUCAAGCCGGAGGAUUGCCAAUCGCCCAGCGCCAUUGCAGUGCCCUCGCCGCCGCGUGUCUAUGGCACCAACUACCGCAAAAAGAAUGCAGUGCAGCAGCCGGUGCAGAAGCAACUGGGCGAAGAUGAUUCGAUUGAUGAACCUGCAUCGGCGCCGCCAACCACCACACAACGUUUCUUUGGCGCCGACUUCAACAAUGAUCUGAGAGAACUGGAGACCGGUGAUCAAACGGGCCGUUCUCCGCGCACACCCAAAACGCCGUUGCAGAGCGCGCGCUCCGAUGUCAGCGAAAAGGGGCACCGCAAGGUCCUCGAAACGCGUCGCAAUUUAGUUAUGCAGCUGUUCAACGAGCACGGCGUCUUCCCAUCCGCUCAGGCAACCAUUGCUUUUCAGACCAAGCACAUUGAUGUGUUCCCACGCAAGCAGGAUCUGCAGCUGAAGAUACGCGAGGUGCGCCAGAAGAACAUGGGCCAUCCGCCCAGAACACCGCACUCGGCCGGUCCCAACACGCCUUCCGACUCCAAUCCGUCAUCGGCCACGCUGAGCGCCAAUCUGAACAGCCAAACAAAUGUUGGAUCGGCGUCAGAUGUUUUUUCGUAUUAUUAUACGACAGGUAUGCACCAGCCACAUUAAUAGCAACUGCAACACAGCAACAGCAGCAGCAAACAUCUAAAGGAGCUCAGGCAAAAUGACAACAGCUGCAGGUGGAGCAAAAGGAAGCCGGAGCUUGGCAGGAAAACAGGAUCUGAAUUGGAUGUGCUGCGAGUGACAAAUUACUUGAAAUUAGUAAACGAAAUAAGGAUAACAAAAUUUAUAAUUGCAGCAACGCACACACAAAUAAUCCAAACACACAGACACACACACACA